GUCUAUCCUACAUCUAAAUGCUACUAUCUCUCCACUGUUGAAGUCAAGGCUACACUGUUCACCCCAUACCUCUGACACUAUUCCUAAUAAACCCUAUCUUGAAAAUGGACUCAGCCCUGACUCCAAUUGGCGCCCUGGGUUAGAGUACUGAGGACUGUGCCGAAACCCCCCGUGGAACUAACAAUUUUGACAAAUGCGGCACCGUGUCGACGAGCGUUACAAGACGCAGUGCCGCAAACGCAUGUGACACCAGUAACAGAAGAAGGCCUUAUGUCGCUGCAAAAUCUAAUCCUCCAAAGCGACGCGACGCUUAUGCUUUUGACGAAAUAAGCAAACAAAGCCUACAGCGACACUUACUGAAAUUCGCUAAAGCAGCCCAGUAAUCCUUUGUAAAAGGUGCUCUUCAGCAGAACCACAUUCGACUUUUAAUGGGAAUCAAUAAUGAGGCUAAGCCUCGACGAUCAACCAAGUCAGAUGUGUUGGCGAAGGGGUCCGGCAGAGUGCUGAGUUAUGAGGAUGUCCAAGAACUACGGGCGAAGCGUGCUGAGAAAGAUGCUGCUAAAGAGGCCGGCAAGGGGAAACGUGGCCGGAAGCGUAAGAAUACUGCGCUGGAAGCAGAGGCCAAUCCGCAGGAUACUGAGGCUGGUCCAACGGUACCGAAGCGCAAAAUCGCGAAAGUGAACGAAGGCAAGGCACUGGAAGCCAGAGAAAUGCCGCUGAAGGCACCAAUAGCAAAUAUGUACUAGAAAGUGUUAUAGUCUGAAGAUAAAUGUCAAUG